AUGACCUCUUCCUUGUCCACCGAAAGCCUCUUGAACGCCUUUCCCAUGUUUGGACAUACCGGUUGGAGUGCUCUCGAAUAUGCUGGCGCGUUUGAAGCGGCACGUCUGAGGGACACAAGCGCAACGUUGGAGUCGCUCAAGCGCAAAUCAACGGCUUCGACGCAGGACGAGAACACCACGCCGCCGUCCACUGCAGGUACUCAGCCGACUGGCUCUGAGCCAUCAUCACCGGUGCACUUUAUAGACGAGUUUGGAUGUCAGCAAAGGCGCAAAGGUACCUUCCUCAACCACACUCCUCGCGACUUCGAGAUGCGGACUUCUAGGCCGGACUCUGUAACGACCUCACAAGGAAACUACUCACGUCCUAGGACAUCUCAUGGAACUACUUCACCCAGCAAAGAUCAGGGCUUCACGAGUCCACACGCAUACAGCCCGUCAGUAGGCUCUUACAUGUCAGACGUCCAGACCAUGAUUCGUCCCAAGGCUCCCGUCGAGUUGGAUUCAAUGGAAGUCCAGGCGUCGUCACCAAAAGUCCCCCAGUCUGUGGAAAGACAAAUUCGUCGCUCAUUGUCUGUCCCUACAGCUAGGGUACUGAAUUACGAACCACGGUCCACCAUCUCUUCCGGAUAUAUGAGUCGAGAUGACAGCGUUGGAUGUGAGAGUCCACCAAUCAGUCCUCUGCAAGACCAGAAGCGUCAGCGACGCCAAACGCCAUUCAAGAUUGCGAAUCCGAAGGCAGCACGACAUGCGCCAUUGGAGCCCCUGGUUGCAAAGCACAGACGCAAAGCCAGCCACGACACCGUUAUCGAAUUACUUCCUCAGAUCGAGACUGACCAAACUGGAGAAAUGGGAACGUUUGGAGUGAUUCAGAGAUACUUUGAUAGCCAGACGGGUGGGCCGGUCUUGGCAUCAAAGUCACACCCCCAAGUUUGUUCGACAGAUCCAUUAGAUGGAUAUCCUCCAGCAUCUGGGCCCGCCUCUUUGAAGACAACUAUAGAGCCCAUCGCCAUAUAUCCUAUCGGAGAAUUGGUCUUCAACGAGCCCCCGCCAGCAGUACCAGAUCGAAGUCCAAAGCGGCUCACAAACCCAGCAUUUCCACUUUCUGUCAAGUCCAUCAUGGCAACAGGUAACGAUAUUGACAUUGCUGCCGAUGGAAAGAAGUCGUCAGUCCAUGAGCAUGAUUAUCUGGAAGACGCUCUCAAUCUGCCGAAAAAGCGGACUUCAAAACGCCUCGACGUGGGACAGGCCGGGCGUGUAGGCUGCUCCCAAGUAGGACGACUGGCGCCACCAAUUCUAAGCCACGACGCCCUGACUGCGAGUGCUGACAUGGGCCUGAACGAUCUCAGCUACUACCUCAAGCAUACUGGACCGACAACUGAACCUCAGCCGACAGUACUAGAGCGCAAGAAGAUGAAGAAGCUAUUCAAGGUCAAGCAGCGCAAAAGUCUGGCAGCUCGUGUGGGAACUGUGGAAAGCUCUCCACCCGGAGUACGCAGACAGGCAUCCAUUCCAACUUGUGCUCGCGAAAUGACGACUUCUGGUGGAGCAAGGCACCUUAGGAUCAUCAUACCAACCGAGAGUCCGCGUAAUACUCAGCUCUUCUCCACUCCGCUGUCUCAACCUCGAACACAACGACGCUCUCGGCAUGAAUCCAUUACCUUUGACGAGGAGAUGCUCAAUCCUUUGGCAAGCCCGGAGAUUGAACGUAUACUCGCCAAAUUUGAGACCCGUGGUCGUUCUUUUUCAGCGCCGGUCUCUGCAUCACAGCGCAGCCCGAAGAGACCUCCACAGUCACUCAAAGCUGUCCCUGUGGAAGACCAUCCGCUUGCUGAGCCGCGUAAAAAUCGAGAAGAUCAAACCAGAGCCCGUAAGCUACGGGACUUGCAGCGCAUCAAGCGAAAGCCUCUACCGUCUUAUGGAGAGAAAGAGCAACAUGUCAAUGCCAUUGGCGGGGCUCUUCCGACGCCGGCACACACACCGGAGCCUCUCCAAAGCUCUGCUCUUGAUAUCGAUAGUGGCCACGACGAGGGCAUUGAGGAGGAGAAGGAAGUCGGUGAGCUUGAGCAGUUGCAGGAGAAGGUUGUAUUGCUAGAGAAACAAACCAAGGAGUUGAAGGAAGCGUUGGCAUACAUUGUAGGCCUAGAGCUGGACGGAGACCUGGAGACUGAGAAAGUUCUGAAGGCGUUCAAGCAGGUCAAUUUUUCGCGUGGUUGA